GUCCAAACAUGGCGAGUCCUUGUAUUUCUCUGGUCCCUGUAUGCAUUCUUCUUUCUAUCUCUCUUCUCCCGGUUCUGUCUGCUCGCUACGUGAACAGCGAACUGCCGACCAUUUUGUCCCGCACUCCCCUUCUAAUAAGACGUGUCUAUGAACCCAAAACACUCUAUCCACACACUCACUACAUACCACAAGGUACCAUCCCUUUCCACGGGAAGUCCAAAACAACUAACGGAGAAGUGGUCGGGAAAUUCCAUGGCGGUGUUUUCAAGGGAAAGUACUGGUCCAAACAUUUCUCCGGAACCUUACGUAAAAACUAUGGAGGGAGGGCUCUAAGUGACCGGUAUGAAGGAAACAAGAGUUUGUAUCAGGGGCAAGUCAUGGGUAGAUUGAAAGACAGAGGCUGGUACAGGGGCUUGUAUAAAACUUACAGCAAAAUCACAUAUUACCGAGGACUGCCAAAAGCACCGAAGCCACGGAGAUAUAACGCAAUCGGCCGCAAGCUUGUGUGGCCGGUUCAGAGAAUAUAUUCGCCAUUCAGCGCCUAUACCGGGUAUUAUUCAGGGCUCAACAAGUACCCAAGAUCUCCGUAUAGGUUUUACAAAAAGUUCACUAACUAUCCGCGGUACACGGGCAAUCGAUUUUCUACGUUUAGGAGCAUCAGCGCACACUCUCGGAAGCUCCCGUACCCUGCUUAUGUACCCAAACGGAACGGAACGCCAAAAAUUCCUCAUAUUACACUGGUUGCUAAGAAACAUCGACUAAAGAAACAGUUCAAGCGGAACUAUUUAAGAAAAGGGUCAAAAUUCCCGACUUUAAAAGUCUCUCAAGUAAAAAUUCGAAAAUUAAUACGAAAUAAGAGUAAAAAGAAACCGAGACGUGGAAAAAAAGGAAAAUCAUCCAAAAGCAGACGCGAGUUCAUCCGAAAGUUUGCCAAGAAAUUAGAGAGAACCCGAAAAGAAGCUAAGCAGAAAGCAGUUUUGAAGAGAGUAAUAAGCAUAUAAUGUGGAGAAACUGCAUCGUUUUAUGUUUGUUAAAUUGUUAAGAAUAAAGAUGUGGGUAAAUUAG